AUGGGGAAGACGAUAUUCACCACAAUCACGCCGCUGCCGGCGGGCAUCACGCGCGAAACGGUCUUAGACACCCUGCACGACCACCUCGAGAUGAUCGACCUGAAUCCCGCGCAUACCGAGCGUCACCGCGUUGGGCCCCCGCCCGAGGCCUCCGCUGAGGAAUACCACUGCACCUGGUACCAGAUCACCGACAAGAUCUCGUAUUUCCCCGGAUACAAAGGGAAGAUUAGCUUUAAGGCCUGUUUCCACGAUCUGUCGACGGGAGUGCAGAUCCACGUCUACGCCCCGAUGGGGCUGGAUAUCAAGGAGAAGUGGUCGCUGGGUGGAAACAUGCCAGGAGAGCCGGUACAGCCUGCAGAGAUCGGGAUCGGGGCGCCGAUUGCGGGACUGUAUUUGCGCGAGGAUGUGGAGUUGAAGUGCAAUUUCAUGAUGACGAGUUUCGUGAAGAAGCAGUUGAAGGAUGCAUUGGGGGUGUUGGUCGCGCGACUGAUUGUCAAGAGCCAGUUGAUCGAAGCCAAGGAGACGAACAGGAAGAUCGCAGAGGGAUGGACGCCGACGAGUCCUGUGCCGCCUGGAAGUCCGCCGUUGAGUCCGCCA